AUGACUGAGUAUCAAAAUCCAGUUCAGACGGGUUACUUUGAAAAGAGACCCACUAGCAUUUACGACGUCCCGUUUGUACCAUAUUGGGCACGCCACACUCAGUGCGCUCGGGAUCUACUAGAGUGCUCCGACGAACCGAUCGAGUACGAUCACGAGGACGAGGACUAUCAGGACAACUGUUUCUUCUUCCCUGAAGACUGUUCCUGGUCUCCCCCAAAAGAUUGGGUUAUUGAAGCAGAGUAUUCCGAAGACGAAACUACCAGCGGCAGCUGCGACGACGAAGUCACAAUGAUUCCCGGUCUUCCCGAUAUCAAAAUGCUGGACGCAGAGGCCCUAGGUGACCUCCUGGAGGAUAACCUGUCACCGCCAGAAAUCACCUCGAUUUUAGUGUUUUCAACGAAUGGGGCGAUUUUCGCCCACGCAUCUUCUCUCCCGACUCGCCAACUGCGCAACCUAAGUGCUACUUAUGGAGCUGCCUACACAUGCUACGCAAAGAAUGCCUCAAGCGGUAAUCUCACGGGUGUGAACCCGGCCAGUCACCCGUCUUCCUACGUCACAGCCCAAUCCAUCUCAUUGGGUGAUGUAGGAUCAAUUGUCUUUGAGCUCGAUGACCUAGUUUCUGUCGUGACAAGGAUAGCAGACAAAGUUCUUCUAGCUGCCGUUGGACCGUCUAAAUUAGGCGCCUCGACAGGCAGAUUUGAUGGAGCGGCUGAAUCGAACGGAGCACGGACAAAUGGUCAUGGCGCAUCUAACCCGACAUCCGGUCACACAACACACAACCAUUCGCGUGCUCACAGUGAGGCCAAUGUGCCUAUCGAUGCUCACCUACAGACACAAUAUGAAAUCGACCGAAGCACCGACCUCGCUCGCCUGGAGGGGCUGAACCUAUCCGCAUCACCAGCAAUCUUACUCGCACUCGAGUCCAAAUCCGCUGCGCUGGGGAAAUUCCUCAGUCAGAAGCUAGAGGAUCUCGAGAGCCCUGAAGAUUUCUGAGUCAUUCCCAAAAAUUUCCUUUCUGGCGUUGUACUGGAUGCAUGAGACAUGAUUUUGCUUUUUGGACAUCUCCCUUGAGCGUUGCCUUGGCCUUUUAUUCGGUAUAUUUGGUAGGGUAGGGUAUUUUCUUUGAACGUGAUGAAAUACAAUUUCCCGCAAUCGUAUUCUGUAUAUAGGUUGAUAUAUCCCU